AUGUUCACCGGCAUUGCUGCACCCGUCACCCUUGACUCAUUUCUCCGCAUUGGCUUCCGAACCACUUCCAGACCAUCCCACCUCCGUUUCUUAACGACAACACCCUCGUGCGCACGCAGGCCAGGCAUGUCUCACAACGAAUCUGGCUCGGAUGCCAAUGUGCAGCGUCCAAAGAAGCUCAUCUUCGCCCCCGGAGAUAUCGAAGCUGGAGCCGAGUCCCCGAGUCCCGAGACUCCCCCGACGCAAACACCUGCUCCGAUCCCAUCUCGUCUCGUGCAGGCCGAAGCCCUUCGCUCCGAAACCUCGACACCCAGUUCCACGACCGAAAGCCAGAUUCUGUCCAACGCGGCGCGAGCACACCAAUUUGUGACUAACCCGCCCCUCACCGUGUCCCAGCUCCACGGCACCAACCCGCUCCAUCAAUUUCACACCUGGUUCCGCGACCCACGCCUACCAGCCAGCUCGGCGCCAGAGACGUGCACCCUUGCUACGGCUGAGCUGCCCUCCGGCCGGAUCAGCGCGCGGACAGUAUAUUUGAAGGAGCUUGAUGAGCGUGGGUGGGUGGUGUAUAGUAACUGGGGUAGUCGGGAGGGUAAGGGCGGACAGGUAUUCGGACGACAGGCUUCGGCAGAGGGCGACACUACACCAUGCGCGAUCCCCGAACCAGGCAAUGAGACACAAAACGGAUCCGAGGCAGGCAAUAAAUGGGGCGCGUUGACCUUUAGCUGGUCGACCACGGAGCGCCAGGUUCGCGUGGAGGGUAUGCUGGAGCCGCUUCGUCGGGAGGAGAGUGAGCUGUACUGGUGUACGCGCGAGCGUGGCAGUCAAAUUGGCGCUUGGGCUAGCUGGCAGAGCCGUGUACUCUGGUCUGCUGAACCGGCUAAACUGGCUGAGCACCAGCGACGCAAGAGCGUGGCUAAACUGCAGGCUUCCGCGGGAUCCGUGCCUGGUGCCGAUGUCCCCGCCGAUAUUGAUAUCACGGAUAUCGAUGAUGGCCGGGCAUUGCUUGAGCAACGUGUUAGGGAGGUGGAGGAGCGGUUUGCAGGUGUUACAGAGAUUCCUCUUCCCCCUUUCUGGGGUGGUGUGCGUCUGGUGCCGGAGUCGGUUGAGUUCUGGCAGGGCCGUCGGAGUCGAUUGCACGAUCGGUUCCGUUAUGUUCGUGUUGAGGGUGAGGGUGUAGAGGCCCAAUGGCGUUUGCAAAGACUCUCUCCAUGA